AAUACGAAUAGAGGACUAGAGCAAUCAACUCAUAUACACAAUUUCUCACAAAUAUAACCCUAGUGAAGAAACCUAUAGUAGAGAACAGAUGUUAACCCUUGUAGAUCUUCAAUUAUACUAUGCCAUUUUUGCGCAUGAGUCGAUCCUCUCAGUUCCUUGCCCGUGUCUCCUUGGUCAGCUCUCUGUCUCCUUCCUUCCGAUUCUUCUGUCUACGGGUAGAGCACAACGAGGGGAGUCGAACGGUGGCGUCCGUGUUCUCUCCCUCUUGUUAUCAUCAAAUUAAACACCUUGUAAAUCUUCGAUUAUACUAUGCAAUUUCUGCGUACGAGUCGAUCCUAUCAGUUCCUUGCCAGUGUCUCCUUGGUCAGCUCUCUAUCUCUUUCUUGUUGAUUCUUCCGUCUACGGGUAGAGCACAGGUAGGGGAGUCGAACGGUGGCUUCCGUGUACUCCCUCUCACCGGAGAAGACGGCCUGAGAAGGCUUUCUGGCAAGGAUAUCUCUUCCCUCCUCUCUCUCUUCUCUCCCAGUCUAUCUCUCUUCGAAUGCACCCCUGGAUGAAUGAAUCCCUUUUCAAAAAUGAAUAUCUUCUGUAUAG